AUGGUCAUAAAUAACAAAGGAAGUGUUUCACAUGUAAAAGUUUGGUUUUUCCUAGAAAUUAAUAGCUUCCCAGCACCACCUGUAGAUAUUAUUGAAGUGACUUGUGCCACCUUGGACACAAUUGGAAUUGAAAUAUCUCUUACUAAUCCUAAAGAAAAAAAGCUCCAUUUAGAUGUGAUUUUAACAGAUGUUUCCCUCAGUGGACGAUCCACGCUUGUUCUGGAACCAAAUGAAAACAUAACCUAUAUUGUCAAAUAUUCCCCGAUGAUUGUAGGAUGUACAGAUCAAAGUGUUGUUUUCCAGCCCCAAAUAGGUAUAGAGUUCUGGUAUUUGCUGAAAUUAACUGCUCAAAGGCCAAGACCAACUACAAUGCCAGAAACACGCUGUGAUCUUGGAAAGAAAGUCCCUCAGAUUAUCCCUUUAGUUAAUUCUACAAGUGAAACUCUGGAAUUGACAAUUACAAACAGUAAUCCUAUCAAUUUUUUAUUGGAGUCAAACAAAAAACCAACCUUGAUUGUAGCUCCUCACUCUACUACUGAAGUGCCUGUUCAGUUUUAUCCCUCUGCCCUUGGAAGAGGUAAACAGCAAACUUCAAUCAUCUUCCAUUGUACACAGCUUGAAGAAUGGAUAUUUCAUCUGUCUGGAAUAGGUCUCAUUCCUCUACCCUUGGCACCAGUGACCAUAUGUACAUGUAUUGGUCGGCAUUUGUCUGUAAUUAUACCUUUCAGGAAUCCCACUACUGAACAUGUUCUUGUCACUAUCCUAUUGAGAGAUGAAUUCAGCAACCCUAAACUUGCUAUCUCUACUGUUGAUAGCACAGGGACUAAAAACGCUGGUUUUAGUUUUACUCUUAAGCAAACACAAGGAAUACCAUUACCUCCAAAAGGAAAGUUGGAUAUUCCUGUAUUAUUUGUUCCUCAUAUCAUGAAAUUAUAUGAAGCAAUGGUGAUUGUUGAGAUGAUGAGGGCAAAUGGUGAAUAUUGGCCACACGAUAGCCCAGAUGAAUUGGGCCCAGGUUUGAAAAGCACAAUAAGAACACAACAUGGAGACAUCUGCAGCAUACGUUGGAAGUAUCCCUUGCAAGGAAUCCCAGAAGCACCACCUCCUAAAACACACCAACCUAGCAUAAGUUGUCGAGCCAGCAAUCGAGUGGAAGAAAUUGUACAAGUGCUUCUAACUGGUGUAGUUUUUGAAACACCAGAAGAGAGAAAAUUGGAGGUGAUUCCCAAAAAAACACCUUUGGAGGAUGAUCAGAAGCAAAACGCAGCAAGUUAUAAUUUUCCUAAAGUACAUGAAUUUCAGUAUGAAAUUCAAUUUGAAUCUGAUCUUAUGAAAUCUAACUUGGAAUCUUGUGUGGCACUAUAUCUGAUCAGUAAAGAAAAAAAUGUAGGAAAUGGGGAUAUAUCACUAGUCUUCAACAUUAUCUUUGCACCAAAGAAACCAAUAAGAUCUGUAAUCACAUUGGUGAUACAAUGCAGCACAGAUGGGAUAUGGAAGUUUCCAAUAACUCUGAUUGCCACUGAGCCAGAAGUGGAUGAUGUUAUCAAUAUUGAAGGGAUUGGCUUGUUCAAAGAAACUUCUGUUGCCUUUAGGCUGACAAGUCAGACACGGUACCCAGAGUCAUUCACUGCAUAUUUCCUACCAGGAAGUGAUCAAGAGUUUUUUGUAAAACCUCAGAUGGGAGAACUUCUUCCACCUCAGACUUUUGGAUUCAUUUUAAGGUGUUAUUUCAAAUUAUUUGAAGAGGAAUUUGGGGAAAUUAGGUGA